ACAUGAUUUGCUGCCACAAAUUUGUUGUAUCACUUGCAUGUCACAGUCGACGGUAAAUGCAGAAAAUCUUCCCUCGACUUGUCCAAGUGAAAUUCAACAAACAGUAUGACUCAGAUGAGAACAAAUUCUUAUAUCGAAACCAGUCAAUUUAACGCAGAUUCGUCGCUCACCUUUAAUGUCGUUGGUGCGACUCUUACAGCAGCUUUAGGAGCUUUUCAAUACGGUUUUGUUCUUGGAUAUCCAUCUCCGACUGCAACUCAAUUACAACAUCAGAUGAAAUGGAGUGAUGAGCUUUUUGGCUGGUUUAGUUCCCUUAGCUGUAUUGGUGGACUGGUAGGAGCUUUACUAGGUCUUUAUACCAUCGAAAAAUUUGGACGAAAGUUUAACAUGAUGCUGUUUUCUCUACUGAUUGUUGCUGGCUGGGUGAUAUUGGCAACAGCUGAGAAAUCAAUGAUGGCUUUAAUAGGAAGGACUAUUACGGGAGUCGCCUUGGGAAUAAGCACGUAUUUGGUUCCGCUUUAUAUAGCUGAGAUAUCACCAGCAAAAUUCAGAGGUAGACUGGUAAGUCUAACCGGUGUGGGAAUUACUUUUGGGAUCCUUAUGUCAUAUAUCCUUGGAGCUUUAUUGAAGUGGCGAUGGUUAGCUAUUACUGGUGCUGGCGUUGGUACCACAAUGUGCAUACUAAUGCUGUUUUAUCCCGAGACACCGCGGUGGCUGGUAAAACAUGGUAAAAUUGAUGAAGCUCGUACAGUUUUAAUGAACUUGAGGAAAUUCUCUUACGAACAAUGUGAAACUGAAUUCUGUCAAAUUAAAAAUUAUUUGGAUAACGAUGAAAAGGUUUCAUUUAGAGAGCUCAGUCAACCAACCGUAAUUCGUCCAUUGAUAAUAUCACUUAUGGUAACAGUGCUUCAACAAUUUACUGGGGUAAAUGCCGUUUGUAAUUACGCAUCAAAAAUUGCAAGUGAUUCUGGCAUUAAAAGUGCGAACCUUGUCGCAGUAGCAGUCGGUUUCGUGCAAUUUAUUGGGACAGCGGUUUCUUGCGUGAUCAUUGACAAACUUGGCCGGCGAAAGCUGCUCAUUUAUCCAUGUUUUGCCAUGUUUCUCAGCAUGACAGUUCUCGGUACAACGCAGUACUUUAAAUUCAUAUCAACGAGCUUGACAUUGCUAUCCUUAAGUGUAUAUCUAAUCAGUUUCGCUCUGGGUUUGGGUUCAUUGUCUUUUAUAGUGAUAGCCGAAAUAUUGCCAACUAGAAUAAGUGGCGUAGCAAGCGGUGUAGCAUCGCAAAUUAAUUGGAUUUGUUCAUUUAUUGUCAUAAAGACGUACAUUGACAUGGAACAUGCGAUACAUGCCUAUGGAUGUUAUUGGGUCUAUGCAUCUGUUUGUUUCAUCGCGGCAAUAUUUGUUUAUGCAUUUCUACCUGAGACGAAGGGUAAAACGUUGGAAGAGAUACGAGCACUGUUUGUGAAGGAGGCUGUGUCAAUGGUAAGCACAGUUAGUUCACAGCACUCUAACUACGGAUCAUGCAACGGUAUAUACGAAGCAUCCAGCAAAAAUAUUUAUGCAUCAACAAAUAGAAGACUUGGUAUUUAAUUCAUAAUGCAUGUCCAGAAAACACUGGGGGAGAAAUUAUCUAAUGAAGACAACAGCAUAUAUGUUGCUGGAUUUUAUUUAAAUUGAACACGUGUUAUAAGAUGUCGUUUUUGAUUGGUUUGUUUUGGACGAGGUAAACUGGAAAGCCAAAACCCCAAUUAUUGCGUUCUUUUAAAUUGAACACGUGUUAUAUGAUGUCGCAUUUGAUUGGUUUGUUUUGGACGAGGUAAACUGGAAAGACAAAACCCCAAUGAUUGCGUUCUUUUAAAUUGAACACGUGUUAUAUGAUGUCGUAUUUGAUUGGUUUGUUUUGGACGAGGUAUACCUGAAAGCCAAAACCCCAAUGAUUACGUUUUUUUUAAAUUUUACAACAUUUGUUUGUUAUAAAAUAGUAUAUUUUCAUCAGAAUGCAGUUUUUAUACAUCGAAGGGGGAUUAGUUUGAAUUGCAUUCAAGGAGCAAUUGACAAUAUAAAUUGUAACAAAGAAAGUGGAUAGAUUGCAUUCAAGAGAAAAAGAUGCAACAAACAAAAAAAAUGUAUCAGAAAUAAAUUAUGGAGGUGAUAGACAUACAGUAUAUAACAGCAGUAUAUUUAGGCUUGGUCUUGAGAUUGACAAAGUCUUGCGAUAUUUUAUAGUUGUCGUCCAUUCUAAUAUUGAUACAUUUUGUAAAACAAAUGAAAUUGUGUUUUGUAUUUCUCUUCUGCUACGGAAGAAUGAAAAA